GUGACCGAGGCAUCAUGGCGGCGUCCGCUCGAAGCGUGCAGUCUGCCUUGAAGAAGACGAUGGUUCCUCCUUUAGUUGUAGUUUUAGGUGCUACUGGAACUGGAAAGUCGAAGUUAGCAAUAGAAAUCGGUAAACGUAUGCAAGGGGAAAUAAUCAGCGCUGACUCCAUGCAGGUCUACCAGGGCCUGGACAUCAUCACCAAUAAGGUGACGACGAAGGAGCGUGCCCAGUGCACACAUCACAUGAUCGGCUUCGUGGACCCACUGGUCAGCAGCUACACCGUUGUUGACUUCAGGAACAAAGCCCUCCCCCUCAUCGAGGACCUGCACACCAGAAGCAAGCUGCCAAUCAUAGUUGGCGGGACCAACUAUUACAUCGAGUCGUUGCUGUGGAAAGUCCUGGUGGAUACACAGCAGGAGAAGGCAGAGUCGGCGAAAGCAGGAGAAGACCGGGCUGCGCUGAGGAAGGCGGAGCUGGAGAAAAUGGGCGGGGCCGAGCUGCACAAGAGACUGAUGGAGGUGGACCCCAAGAUGGCCGCCAUGUUGCACCCCAACAACGCGCGCAAGAUCGCCAGGAGUCUGCAGGUGCACGAGGACACGGGUGUGGCCCACAGCCGCUGGCUGGAGGAGCAGCAAGGCCAGGAGGGGGCGGGCGGGCUGGGGGGGCCGCUGCGCUACCCCGACCCCUGCAUCUUCUGGCUGCACGCCGACAUGCAAGCUCUGGACGUGCGUCUGGACGCCCGCGUAGACGCCAUGCUGUCCGCGGGGCUCAUGGAGGAGCUCAGGGACUUCCACGAGCGCUACAACCAGCGCAGGCUCCAGGAGGACAGUCAAGACUACCAGCACGGCAUCUUCCAGUCCAUUGGCUUUAAGGAGUUCCACCAGUACCUGACGGCCCCCGAGGACAGCGGCCAACGGGAGACCCUCCGAGACAAAGGUACCGAGGCGCUGAAGAACGCCACCAGGCGGUACGCCCGGCAACAGAACAAAUGGGUCCGCAACCGCUUCCUCAAACGUCCAGGGGGCAGCGUGCCGGCGGUGUAUGGCCUGGAUGUGUCUGAUGUCUCCCGAUGGGAGGAGACUGUGCUGGAGCCUGCACUGCAGAUCCUCCACAGCCUCACUAAGGGUGAGAGUCCGGCCAUAGAGCCAAUCAGAGUGGAGGAGGCGGAGCUUACCAACAAGCGCAGCCGGCACACCUGUGAGCUGUGCGACAAAGUCAUCAUCGGUGACCUGGAGUGGACAGCCCAUUUAAAAUCCAAGAAGCACCACAGCCACGUGAGGAAGAGGAGGAAGGUGGAGGCCUGCCCAGAUGAGGGGCCCGCUCCAGGGACCCUCCAGGGGGCCCAGACCGCCCCGCUCAGCCCCGGCCGUCUCCGUCCAGACGCCCUCGGGCCGAACUCCAGAGACGCCUCUCCUGAUCCAUCCUGAAUCCCGAGUCCCAGCCACCGCGGGGCCCGGCGGUACCAGGGGGAGCCGGGGGCCCGCGAGUACCAGGAGGGGGCCGGCACGCCAGACCUUUGGACCGCUGCACUGGUUGGAGGUUAACUCAUAAGCACUGACGCUAUCCUGUGGAAAUCAUUAACGGACCCCAGCAAAUUCCUUUUCGAUGAAGCGGGACAGGUCCUGUCGGAAUUGACUGGAAUCUCCCACAGUCUGCCAAAUGUUUCCCGUCCAGUACAACACAGACGUCAUCCUCGUAUCUGAGUGAAGAAACGCAACUUUUGGACUGGACACCGGAACGAGGAAACAGCCGUUAUGGACGGAGCUGGAUCCAGACGUUUAUCUUCACACUUGACUAACUUCUAUAUGGAAGACAGAGGUUUAUUGUUUUUUUAAUAAUCCGUCCUUACAGACGUGGCUCUUUUAAGGUCCGACGCUGUGUUGUGUGGGGGGGGUUGGUCUCCUCUAUCGAGCGCAGUCAUUUGUGGCCACGGACAACCAUAUUGGGGGCGGGGGGAUUAAACGAAAUGCAUCAAGAUGUUUUGUCUUUGUGUCGCUCCGAUGUCGGUAAUGUUCCGUCUCGUCUCGAACCCCGGGGGCGAUCUUGGCAGCGCGGCGCCGUCCUGAUGUCUCAUAAGGGAUGCUGCUCGCUCCUGAUUGGAGUUGUUAUCGUGUUGUCAUCAUCACGGUGUCGCUCUGACACCGUGUCGCUCGCUCGCUCACUGCCGUGGAGCGAGCGAGCCGUAGAUCAUGUCGUUCGUGGGGGGGUUGGCCGAAACCCAACGCGCCCUGAGUGAAUCCUGACAUCUGAAGUGUUCUCGUCUCGUACAGAGCCCUGGAGCGGACUUGGCAGCUCUGCACCCCGGUGCUUCACAAAGGGCUGCGACUUGAUCAUGAUUGUAGUCGUCGCUUAAUAAAUAUCUAAAGGAUAAAAAACCCACAAAUAGAGUACCUGGUUUGGAAAGUGGUUCUACACACGAGUACACGCCCCGUCCCGGGUUCUGAAGUAGUUGUUGGCCUAGAUCGGCCCAUGCACUUGACGUAAGGUGGAAGUGGUUAAGGUGGAGGAGUGCCACGCGUCUCACUCGCCCACACACGCCUUUUAACUCUAGACUGAUCUUUUCCCGCCAACACUCCCUCCCUCUCUCUCUCUCUCUUAGCCUCGCCUCUUGGUUUCUUUCUUCAAAAGUGUUGUUUACCACCGUUAAGUAUGCUCCCUCAGUGGAGGACUAUGGGACUUAAGCCAUGUGGUUGUUUUGACUACGCCCACCUUUUCUAAAUAUAUAUGCAACCAUAUAAUAGCAGGAAGUGUGUGUGUGUGUGUGUUUGCGCGUGGGGUCGGGAAUGAAUUUUUUGUAUGUACGUGCGUGUGGGCAGGGGGAUGUGUGUGUGUGUGUGUGUGCCCCACAUUUGUUCAUUCAGAUCUAGGUCAGGCCUCGAGCUCUUCUCUGCCUAAUUCUGUUGGGGAUGGCAAAGGUCACACUGUAGGCCAGUAGGACCUCCUUUCCUCCCUCAAAGAUGUCCCAUUCUGCUACUGUUUGUAUAGACCUUUAAUUCAUUUUUCCACCUUUAUUUUCAAUAGUUGUAUUUAAAAUAAUCCCUCUUUGUCAAUUGUUAUCCCCUUGGCUCAAAGUUGAAGAGACAUUUCCGAUCUCGUGGAACAGAUGAAUGCUAAAGGCUGGCUAAACCUAACCUUUCGCCUCCCUCCCACCCACUCUUCCAGCCUUUGGCCUGGUGUUGACUCGGGGCUGGGUAGCUCUCAGAUGCUGUUUGGUAUGUGCUAAUACCAUGGAAUGCUUAUCCCCCGAGCACCCAGGCUAGCUUUCCCUGGCACCACUGCUAGACUCUAGCACCUGAAUCACUACACAUGCCGAGCUAAAGGGGGGGGACAUGCCCAACAGAAUGACAUAAGACAAGGCAUCACCUUCCUAAGAAAAAUAUGGAACACAGGCACACGCACGUGCACGUGUACGCACACACACAAGCUGGCGGCAAGGUAGAGAAGUGGGUCAGCUCACACGGUCACAAGGCUAAUUAGCGAUUUAGGCGGCGCUGUGCGCUAGAGCACACACACACACACACACACACACACACACACACACACACACACACACACACACACACACACACACACACACACACACACACACACACACACACACACACACACAGAGAGCAGACCGAGUGAACUCAUUAGCCUCACAAAGGCGGCAGUUGGAAGCGACAAAUCAGACCAGUUCCCUUUUGAAACGUGAGGCCCCAACUUUGACUUCACAAAAGGCAUAUCACACACACAAACACACCAUAUAAACCACUCUUCGGUAACUCUUAAGCUGAAGUUUUGUUGUUGUGUUGCUAUCUGACUGAGAAGUAUGCGUGGGUGUACUCUGAGAGUACACGCGCUCGUAUCCUCAUGCGCAAACAUCCUCAUUAUUGACUCAGUCUGAACCCCCUUUACCUCUCAAUGGAUGGAUAGAUAGAUGGGUAGAGUACACACGUAUCUUUAUAAACGCCUGUGUGUGUGUGUUAGUGUUAGCUGGGGCUCUGGUCCUGAGCACACACAGUCCAAGGCAUGAGGCCCGGUGGGGUGAUCCACAGGCUGCAUUAUUUAACAAAUUCUAUGGCCUGGGGAAUAUAGUGAGCCUCUGUCGACUGUGCUUCUGCUUGUUCCUACCUCUGUGUAUGUAUUUAAAUGUGACGUAUGUGGAGCACCAGCCUAGACUCUUGUCUCUUAAAAUCACGUAAGGGGAAAAUGAACACUUUUAAAGACUUAAUGUAAGUAUAUGUAUAUGUGGUCCUAGAUGCUGGUUUGUGCAUCGAUUCUGCUCAUGUUGGCAUUGGAGAAGACUUUAGACGAUUACAAUGUCAUUUAAGCAAGAACUCCUAGGAAGAACAGUUUUGCCUGAACACAUGACCCAAACGGUGAAUGUAAAUGUAAUGAAUUAAGAAUAAGCUGCACAAUAGUGUGUGUGUGUGUGUGUGUGUGUGUGUGUGUGUGUGUGUGUGUGUGUGUGUGUGUGUGUGUGUGUGUGUGUGUGUGUGUGUGUGUGUGUGUGUGUGUGUGUGUGUGUGUGUGUGUGUGUGUGUUCUUGACAUCAAAUAGGGAAAAGAGAUUAAGAUUUGACUUGAUAUUAAAUGACUCAUUCAGUCCAUCACUCAUGGUGUGAGUGAGUGACUCAGGAGCAGAUACACUGACCACUAAUCAUCAGACACUUCUGAGUAGAGGACAGAUCAGGGGUAGGAAAUGAAUGCAACUGUAAGGAGCCGUCACUGUUGUACCCUGCUCUCUUAUUUGGGGUUGUAAGUGAAACUGUAGCCUGUCUUGUCAUACUCUAAAAGUUCCCAUGUCCUAUUCUAGUCGUGUUGAUGCCAACGCCGAUAUAUAUUUUUCCAGAUAGAAGAAUUUGGACCAUGUUGUGUUAAGUAGCCAACAGGGUGUAACUUUCAAUGUCGGUUACUGUAACCUUCUCCCACAUGGAAAAAGGGGAGGGAAAAUACUUCAAUCAUUCCUGUGUUUGGUCGUGUGCUUGUUGAUCACAGUUGGCGAGGGCUGGCUGGCGUGCCCGUGAACUGGCACCCACCAUCUUCUUUAUUCAGAGAUUAGGAUUUUCUUACUGCUCAAACAAGCAGGAGGAACAAUGGCAAAGGCAAACCGUUGGACAACGCGGCCAAGGAAACACAAUACUGUCAGGUGUGACACCCAGCACAUGAAACAACAUUGUGUGUGUGUGUGGGUGUGCGUCUCUUAUUUGCAUGAUUGUCGUUAAAUUGUCAACGGUAGCUAUAGUGAGGUGUAAUCUCUAUCUCGCUUAAUAAUGAUAAUGGCCCUGUUACUGUAUCUCAAUCUUUCUCUCACACAUGCACACACACACGCGCCAGGGCUGUGUUGUCUGACUCAGGAAGCUGUGAGUCUCUGGUACAUUUCCUCUUGGUGUUGGUGUUUGAUGCCUUGCAUUAGCUGCUAUCAGCAGCCUCUCACUUAUUAAUGCCCGACAUUGGUGUGUGUGUUAUUUAGUCCACGGGCCCUGGGUUCAGUGAGUUUAUCUUUCGCUACGCAGUCGAUCUCUCUGUUUCUCUGUAUUUGUGUCUCUCUCGCUCUGUCUUUGUAUCGCUCUCUCUCUCACUCUGUCUGGCUCCUGCGGUCCCCCUUGUGAGUGAUAUGGCAGGAUGUGGGCUGAGUGAGUUGGUGCGCGAGAGAGAAAGUGAGGGAGAGAAAGAGAGCUGAUUUGAUAUGAAGGGCCUUUAGGGCGCUGUCAUAGGUGUGGUGUACACAGGGGUCCUUGUUUAUAGACCUCCAUCUAUCUCUCCCUCUCGCUCCCUCGGCCUUUCUCCCUCUCUCCCCCUCUCCCUCUCUCUCCCUGCUGCAUAUUUCCUGCCAUGUUAUGUAAUGCGGGGGCCGGUCGGUACAGCCCCCCAUCCCCACUCUCUGUCUCUCACACACACCCAGGCACACAUACAUGCACAUACAUACACACGUGCACACACUCCUCCCCGAUUCAGAGCAUGACUAUAUCUUCCUGUUUUUCCAACAGCCCACUGAACCUGUUUCCCAGGCCACAGCUUAUUAGGGUACACACACACACACACACACACACACACACACACACACACACACACACACACACACACACACACACACACACACACACACACACACACACACACACACACAUUGUAAAAGCUUUGACUACAGUGUACUACCAUUGUUGGGAGGCAUUGUUUCAGAAUAGGGCUGAAUAUUUUUGGGUUCACUCUAUAUUAUCUUGGUAAAUGCCAUACAAUACAUGUUAUUGUUUCACUGCACGACAUAUAGUAUGUGUGUGUUUGUGUGUGUAAGUUGACUGUGUGUGUUGGAUGGCAGUCGAGAUAACGAUUGCUCUGUUUCUCUUACAUUUCCUAUUUAGUUUGCUCUUUCUUCCCUCUCUUUGCCUCCUCUUCCCCUUUUUGUCUUUCCAAAGUGUAACAUGCAUUCUCUUUAUGAGUGUAUCUGUCUUCUGGAUACAGUGAAAGAGAGAGAAGCACGUGUGUGUGUGUGGCAAAUUAUGAGUGUAAGAGAGAGAACGCGGGAGAGUGUGUUUGUAUGGCUCGGUAUGAGUGAAAGAGCGAUCGAGUUAUGUGUGUAACAGACUGUUCGUGUGGGUGUGUGUCUGCGCGUGCACGGCUAUUCUUGCAGCUCCAAGUGGCUUUGCACUGGUGCCUUCUUUUCCCGCCAGUGCGGUCAUUUAGGAGGCGGAGUCUCGUCUGGGUAGUGACAACAAGGGGCAGCGCUUCCCGCCCGAUAUGCAAAUAACACCCGGCCUUGGGUCCUCCCCCUCCGCAGUAUUUAACUCCUUCCCCGCCACGGAGCUGAAAGGCUGAUGGGAUCAAGAGAGCGUGUGUGUGUGUAUGUGUUUAAGAGAGAGGGAAAGGAAUCACAUCUUUCACGCAUGUUUUCAGCAUCUUAUGUAACCUUGUAAAUCUUGUCUGCAAGGGCAAGCAGCUGUUGCGCAAAUACAUUGUCCGGCUCGGUUUCAAACAAAGAUCUCUAUUAUAAGUCAUAUACGCUGACCUAAAUUGAGCUUCGUAGGGGCGUGAUAUACGUACAAGACUCUGUCGAGAAACAAAAACGAUCAAUGACGAAUCAAUGGGAAUUUCUUUUUUUUUUUACUCUAAUCGAUCGAAUGCAUUUGUUCGUGAGGCAUAACAUUUACGAACAUAAGAUAAUGUUUUUGCAUUCAACAUAUAUGCUCUGCAGCUUACAUCCAAGCUACAGAAGUUGGGGGUAACCUAUAAUAACAUGGGAACCGAAUCCACCCCAAUCUCGUCCCGGCUCACCUAAUGAAACUUUAUUUUUUUCUCUUCUUUCUGCUAGUAACGGGCUCGGAUCUGCAGCGCACCUUGAAUCAUUUAGGCCUACCAAGCACAAGAUGAACACAUUUUCCACGGGAAGUGUUUCACCACUCUUUCCUUUAUUAAGUUCCUUUUAUAUUCUCAGUGUGCACACUCUCAAUCCUUUGCUCCUUUCUUUUCCCCAGUUUAACCCUACCCCCCCACGACCAACCCCACCAAUUUUUUGUAGUGGGGCUGUACGGUCAAACACACGGUAAUCUUUUGCUCAAACAAGGUGCACCUCACUGGUGGGCUUGGGGGGGGGGGGGGGGGUCCCUAGAGAUGGGCUUUACCCCUCAUGGGAGGAUAAGGAUGAAGAGGAUAAUGAUACCCUCUGUGUUACGCACAUCUAGACUCAUCCUGUGUUGCCAUCCCUUCUCUUCUAUACCAACCACAUCUCCUUUGAGCUCAACAGAUUUCCGUUCUAAAUAUUGCGAUGACGUGUGUAUUGUUAUUAUGUGUGUGUCCUGUACAUGCCCCCUCUAUCCACGAGGUGCGUCAUAACCCAUGCUUCUCCCUCCCUUAUGCCGUAUGCCCUCCUGACCCCCCAUACAUAAAGCACCUAAAAUAACAAUACUAAGGAAAUUAAAUGAACGAUUGAACCAAUGAGAGGACCAGGUAUACAACUCCUUCAUUGUCCGGGUGUACACCCCCACUCCUGUGUGUGUGUGUGUGUGUGUGUAUGUGUGUGUGUGUGUGUGUGUGUGUGUGUGUGUGUGUUAUACCCUACACAUGUGCGACGGUUGGUAAUGCGGUCCUGAUUUGCAUUGUAGUGAAAAUCUGACCGCUGAUAUGAUGGAAUAUUUGCAUUCGUAUAUAUAGUAUGUGAAGGAAUGAAUGAGUUUGUGCUGGCUCACUUCUCGUCCAGCCCGGGAUUGUUUGGCAAAUGGCGGCAAAGCGCUUGUCUUUGAUAAGAUGUUCCCGCCUCUUCGAGGGCAGUUAGCAGUUAAUCGCACCGGUUUUGUUUGGCCAUACCCUUUGAUAAAAGUGUGUGUGGGUUGGUUCUUUCUCUGUGUGUGUGUGUGUGUGUGUGUGUGUGUGUGUGUGUGUGUGUGUGUGUGUGUGUGUGUGUGUGUGUGUGUGUGUGUGUGUGUGUGUGUGUGUGUGUGUGUGUGUUCGUCUUUCGGUUAUUUCUGUGUGUGUGUGUGUGUGUGCGUGGUGAACUCCUCGAAAAACAGUUGACAACUGACAAUACCAGCAGGGGUUAUUUGUAAAACAUUCCACAGGAGCGGAGCUGCUUUGACUAUUAACAGCUUUUAAUCGUUCAACAGCUUCCCCUCCCCUGGACUUUACUAUAAUGCUUGGUAAACACUCGCUGUGUGGUGUAAUCAUGGAUAUCACCUGCCUGCAGCCCCCACUGUCACUGUUUAAUGUUUAAGUCAUUUAGAAAGGCCUUUCACCCCAGCCCCCUGCAGUGAAUACAGAUACAGGUCGUCAAAGAGAGAGUAGGGCUGGGUACUCCUUCAGCAGGGAGCCCAACACGCCUUGUCAUUAGACCUUUCAUGGGUCCAUGAUGAACGGAACCAGGCGGUGAACGGAAAUUUAGUUGUGAGCGGGAAAAUAAAACACUUUAUACCAGUUGAAUGUGUUGUCAUUUGGACGGGAAACACUAAACAGCCCGACACACUUUGCUUGUGAGGUUCUGUGUAGCUCAGGUCAUACCAUAUAGAUAGAUGGAUAGAAGAGUUAUUACAUACACACACACACACGCGUUAUUGAAUGCAGAUGCGUGCAUACCUAGGCUUCUUCCUUCUACCACUUCUUCGCUCCCAUCUCUCUCUGUGAUUUAUCUGGCUGCUUUCUAAACAAGUUGUCCCCUCCCUGCCACUGUUAUUGUUUAACGCAAGUGCUUCCCUAUACAUCACGGCUUGGUCGCUUGUAUAAUAUAAUAUAGAUAGUAUUAAAUGUGUAUGGGCUCUGGGAGCGAUACCCUUAUAAGAGGAUGGUGCAUAUGAGAAGCACGUGGCCUGUUGCUGCUCUCCUUUUCCACAUUUAACUCCGCUCACACUCUCCUGUGUCCCCCUGGCCUACAUGGCGGCGUGCCCCCCCCCCCCCCUGCUACUCCCUGACUCUUCCAGAGCGCCAAGACCAGCGCCUCAACAUACACACUAUCUUAACAUGGAUUACUUUACUUAGCUUAUUACUGUGUGCUGCAGCUACAGUGUUACACUUAAAGUGCUACUGAAAUCUGCCAUGCCAAACCAACUCAAAAAGUGCUACAUUAUAGUGGUGACAUUGGAUAUGCCUUUAUAUAUUUGUAUAUCAAUUACCAAUAAUUGAAGCAGUUUACCAAUACAAUUACUAAUGAUUAUUAAUUACUAUUAAUAUGUUGCUAGAGGAGUGGAAGGCUCUUCCAAUUGGCCAUUAUUUUUACAAAUUGGCGUUCAUCUGGGGUCAUAUUAUUUUAACUUUAUCUGUUGGCUCCAUCUUGUGGUAAAGAUGGAAAUAACAUUUAUCGAUUGCAUUAACACGGCCAACAUGAAAGGCUUGCAGUGCCAUGUGCUUGGAUCAGUUAAAAUGUGUAGAUACAGCCAUUUACUUGAACAGAAAUUUUAGAAGGUAGCAUAAGUUUGCACAAUGUCAUUCGUGCUUCAGCUGCAAUUGUUAUACAAUGGCCCCAAUUCCUGUAAGACCUGGCCUUCACUGCAUCAACAUAUGUUGUGGUAUCCCUAAAUAUCAUUUAGUAUGUUAUUUGUAGGAGUAACAUAAUAUUUAGACAUUCCUAAACUGCCAUCUUUAUGAUGCUAUGGUCCUUUGAUUACAUAAUUGCCUACUUGGAUGUCAAAAUCCUUCAUAGUAUGUGUGGCAGAUGUUUUGAUUCCUACUCUCCCCGGGUCCAGAUCUACCCUGUUACGUUCUGUUCAUAUUAUCCCUCCCAUUGGUGAUAUUGAUGGUAUAAGGGCAUGUAUCCUGGUUUAUUAUGAAUUUUAAAGAAUCAUACAUUCUAAAAAGGAAACCACCUGUUUCCAAUGAUUCCAUUAUAUUUUCUGACACUCCUUCAUCGUGCUGUUGGUGUGGACGGAACAAUGCAUAUAUCAUAUUGCUAUGCUACUACAGCUCUUAUUGCUGUAGCAAAAACAGGACACCAUCAUUGGUUGAAUGUAAUAAAUGACAAGUUUAUUGUUGCACAAAAUGUACAAAAUAACAAGCAAAUGGACUGCCCCCCCCCCCCCCCCCCCUCCAUUGACCAUUAUUACAUUGGAAUUCUGAAACCAAAAACUAUGGCAAAUCUGAUGGUGGUCCAAGCCAAACGCAUGGGAUUUUCUGAGAGACAACACAUACCCAAUUUCAGCGUCACUGAACAAUUAAAAAUGAAUAAAAACACCUUAUUUACACAUUUUGUCAGAACUUUUACAACAUGCCAUCUAUAUAUUUAUACAGAAUAUGCUUGUGCACAUACCCCUGUAUAGAAAAUAUAUUUCAAGAUCAAAUGAAGUCAGACUAAGGGCUAUAGACAUCCAAAGUACAGCACUUAUUUUAAAUUUUUCUCUGAAACUUUUUUUUUUCAUUAGCU